GGAUGCCCCUACCGGAUGGCCGUUAAAAGCCAGCAGGAAAAUUUUCGAGAUGCCCCUACCGGUACCAUUUGCUGCCAAGCCAUUUGCUGCUAUGUCAUCUGCUGCCAUGUCAUCUUCUGCUACGUCAUCUGCUGGCAGUCCAUUUGCCACCAAGCCAUUUGCUACUACGCCAUUUGCUGCUACGUCGUCUGCUGCCAUGUCAUCUUAUGCCACGUCAUCUGCCGCCAAUCCAUUUGCUACCAAGCCAUUUGCUGCUAUGUCACCAUCUGCUGCCUCAUCAGCUGCUGUCACGGCAUCUGCUGCCAAGAGGGCGUCUGCUGCCAAGUCGUCCACAACUGCCACAUCUUCUACUGCUUUUCCAGAUGCAGGGCCGGCUCCCUCUUCCGACAAACGAAAGGAUGUUAGUGGCGGACAGUCUGAGUCAACGACGAGGGCAACGGCGACCUCGAUGAAUGCAAAGGAAGUGCGUGACGUGUCCAGUCGUCGAUGUGGCCACGUGUCUCCACGUCAGCAGCCGGGGGUUGGCGGGUCUCGACGUCGAGAAUCCAGUCGUUUAUCGCAUUCAUGUCCUAUCGCCAGCACCCUUGAGGAAGCUUGGAAGGCGCUGGAGACGUCCCAUCCCGAUCCCAACCAGCGACGCGAUUGGCAGCAGUGUGGACGCAAAGAGGCAGGUGAUCAAGAAGGAGGUACCUUUGAGCAGCCAGCUUGGAGGGGAGAGGGUACUUGGGGACCGAUUCCCGCGAUCGAUUGGCAAAUCGGGCUGGGCGCGCUUUGCCCAGCGGCCGCUGGAAUCGGAGCAAGUUUGGCGGGAGUCAUGGCGGCAAGCAACUCCUCAGCAACCGACGACGCUGCUGUUGCCACGUGGAAGGAUAAACCCGAGGAGGUGGGUGGGUGUCUUGUUCACCACAGGUUUCUGGUCAACGGGGAUGUCCAGAUUCAUUACGUAGAGGCGGGCGAUCCCGAGGGCGAACUAGUUGUCCUCCUCCACGGGUUUCCAGAGUUCUGGUACAGCUGGAAGUCCCAGCUCCUCCCACUUGUCCAGGCCGGCUUCCACGUGGCAGCACCAGAUUUGCGCGGGUAUAAUCUCUCCCUCUCCCCCCCCAAUUUAUCCGAUUAUACCCGAGAGAAGGUCUUGUCCGACGUGGUCUUGCUCAUCGACCAGCUAGGCGGCGGGAAGCCUGCCAACGUGGCAGGUCAUGAUUGGGGUGGCCACGUGGCAUGGCUGCUCGCCUUCGAUCACGGGGAUAAAGUCAAACGGCUGGCCGUGUUGAAUAUCCCCCAUCCUCUCUCGAUGCAGAAGUACUUGAAGACCAGUCUCAGGCAAAUGAGGUGGAGCUGGUACAUCUUCAUGUUCCAGCUACCCUACGUUCCAGAGAAGAUACUGGGCUCAGGGGGACUGAUGAAAAUCUAUCGGGGUAUAAAGGGAAUGAGCGAGGAAGAUGUGCAGAAGCACCUGGACGUAUUCUUGUCACGGCCGGACGGGCUGGCAGGGCCGCUCAAUUACUACAGGGGAAUUUUCAGGGGCAAUUGGGAAAGAAAGCCAGCCUCGUCGGGGGCAGAAUACAAAGGUAAAGAGGGGUACACGGACAGGCCUGUGCUUUUCAUCUGGGGGCAGGAGGAGAGGUAUUUCGUUGAGGACUUAUCCGUCCUUCCACAGGCCAAAGUGCCUAACGCGAAGGUGCUGAAAAUUCCAGGAGCAUCGCAUUUUGUUAUGUGGGAUGCACCUGACAAAGUCAACGCUGCGUUAAUCGACUUUUUCACGAAGGAGGAGGGAGGAGGAGGAGGAGGAGGAGGAGGAGGAGGGGGAGGGGGAGGAGGAGGAGGGAAUAUUAUGUCUUCUCUUUGACGUAGAGAUCGUUUUGUUAUUCGGAAUGCAGCAAAUGAAGUGAACGUUGCGUUGAUAGAAUUCUUACGGAGGAGGGAGGAGGAGGAGGAGGGAAGAGGAGGAGGAGGAGGAGGAGGAGGAGGACGAGGACGAGUAGGAGGAGGAGGAGGAGGGAAAUUUCUUUCUGCUCUUCGACGCUGACAGUGCCUAUCAUAGGUGCGGCUAAGGUAGCGGGAAGGGGAGGGAGCAGACUGCUCAUCAACUUAGCCACACGGAAGGUAUUGAUAGAGAGUACUAAUCUCUCUCUCUCUCUCUCUCACACACACACACACACACACACACACACAGUUGGUAAAGGUACAGAAGCAGGCAAACGUGCCUACCGACUUGUAGACAUACAUACAUACAUGCGACAUCUCUCUCUCUCUCUCUCUCUCUCUCUCUCUCUCUCUCGUUUGCUAAAUGUAGAGAAGCAUGCACACGUGCGUGUCGACUUGUAGACGUCCAUACAGUGCAUACACACAUGCACGCAGGCAAAGGUGAAAGGAAGCGGAUGAUUGGGCGGAUAUCUUAGGGUUUUUUUCCGAUGGAAAUGCCACGUGGGAAUAAAGCCGGUGGACGCGG